UGGAUGACUAUUCUUCGUCGUAGGCACAAACCUCAAACGCUAAUUCUCACGUGGGAGAGGGAAAAUUAGGGUUCGGGUUCCAGAUCCGAAUUGAGAUGGCGAUGAGAAACCUGUACAACGAGAUGAGAGGGAUGAAGGUGAAGGACUUGCCGGCGCACCUGAAACCGAUGUUUACCGUCGACUAUGUGAAGAAUUCUAUCAAGAGGGGGCUGGACAACUACCACGCCAAAUACAUCCAAACCAGUUCCGUCGACCCUCUCUAUCAUGUUUGCUUUGGCGGCAUGAUCUUCUCUUACCUCGUCGCUCUUCCGGAGGAGCGUCGCCACCUCGAGCACCAGCAGCACGCCAAGGAACACGGGGCCCACUGAUUCUACCGCUGUCUUUCCAAUCGCUUGUUCCCAUCAAAAGGUUCUACAAAGUUUUUGAGUGGUUAGUUCCAUGAAGGAUAAGUCUAUGGAAUGCUUUUCUUUAAUUUGCAUGUACCCUAUUGGACACUGAUGUGUAAUGUGGGGGCAGCAUUGACUGAGAAAUAAGAUACGCUGUUCUGAUAAUGUCGACAGAAUGAACUGUUGCAUUUUCUAUUCCUCAAUAUCUGCACUGUUGGCAUCUUACAUUCUUUUAAUUGGACCUUUUGAGACA